AUGGCGCAACAAUCGUUGAUCUACAGUUUCGUGGCUCGAGGUACGGUGAUCCUGGUGGACUUCACUGGUUUCAAAGGCAACUUCACGUCCAUCGCUGCACAGUGCCUCCAAAAGCUUCCUCCUUCAAAAAACAAGGUCAUCUACAACUGCGAUGGUCAUACCUUCAAUUACCUCGUUGAAAAUGGUUUCACCUAUUGUGUUGUUGCAGUUGAUUCUGUUGGGAAGGAGAUUCCUAUAGCCUUCUUGGAACGAGUUAAGGAAGAUUUCAAUACGAGAUACGGUGGUGGGAAGGCUGCAACUAGCCAACCAAACAGCUUGAAUAAAGAAUUUGGGUCGAAACUGAAAGAGCAUAUGCAGUAUUGCAUGGAUCAUCCUGAUGAAAUUAGCAAGCUUGCUAAGGUGAAAGCUCAAGUGUCUGAAGUAAAAGGUGUCUUGAUAGAAAACAUUGACAAGGUUAUUGAGCGUGGUGGAGAUAUUGAAAUUUUGGUGGAAAAAACCAAUUACCUUAGUUCAGAGGCGGAACGUUACAGAACACAAGGAGAUCAAAUUAAAAGAAAGUUUUGGUUUCAGAACAUGAAGAUAAAACUCAUUGUUCUUGCAAUUAUCAUUUCCUUGAUCCUCAUCAUCAUCGUUUCAGUUUGUGGUGGCUUCAACUGUGGCAAAUAA